AUGGAAUUACUAUGAAAAUUUCUAUUGCUUUCAUGAAAACAGCCAAAGUUGUAAUUCAAGGAAUUGAAGAUCAGUAUAAAAGUAAUGAAUAUAAGGAUGAAUAUUUAGAAAAAUAUCUUAUUUAUUUGUUUGAUGAUGUUGAAUCUGAAGAAUCAGAAUUAGAUGAUAAACUAGGAUUUAACUCCUUAACUGACUAUUACUAUUCAAUUUGA